AUGUCUUCCAAUGCUUUGACUUCUGAUUUGGACGUCGCAGUAGAUCACCUAGUCACUAUUUUACAUCAUCGUGGUUUCGCGGGCAAAAUACAAGAGAUUUUGGACAACUUAGUCUACUAUAUACCUAGAUUACGUAGAAAGAGAAAACUUGAAGAACUCGUUUCUGCAUUUCUGGAAUCGAAACUAUGGUCUUCAUCACUCAACGGAGAUCGGACUAGUUUGCAAGAAGCUGCGGAAGCUAUAUUUUCAUGGAAACUCUCAAUUUCUGAACCGGUCAUCAGCGUCUUCGAAUUUUACGAAGUUUGGGAUCGAGUUAUCAUGAGAUGCCCAGCAUGGAAUAUCAACAAGUUGACUAUUUUGAUCGGUAUACUUGGUACCAGAGAUAAGUUCGGCAGCCUUCAAAGGCAGUAUUUCCUUGACAAUUCACAUUCUGUAUAUGGAAAAUAUGCGAAAUGGAGGGACGAUCUGUUCGUGCCAGUUUGGCGACAGCUCUUCAAACAAAGCCUGGGCCACUCACCAAGGGAUGCAGAAGAUCUGGCAGUGUUAAUGGCCUGUGUUUUUACACAAUCAGAAGUUUUGCAUGAAUUUCUCAACCAGUUUGUCUCUAUCCUAUUGCACCUGUCGUUGGCAUACAUCAGAGAUUACAAGAAUAGUCCUGUUUUCGUUUCCAGAAAUUUGGGAAGCAUUGCGAAAACAUUAGAAUAUGCGCUCUGUCGAACAGAUGCUGCUAUCUCUUCGAAUGCGCUCAAUGCGCUAACUGCAACGAUUUUUGAUAUGUCCCUGACCGAAUUGCAUGCCCCUAGAGCCAAUUAUUCAACCCAGACACACUCGAACCAACUUCUCACUGUUGUUUCCAUUCUGAGAGGCUGCUUUGCUUAUUCACCGGCACGGAGUGAAAAGUACGGUCAAGCCAUCAUGUCGCUAUUUUACGUGGAUUUUCUUGCCCAAGAUUUUGGUAAGACAGGAUUCUACUCCUAUGAGUAUGUCUAUAAAUUAUGUGUGGCAGCCUGCACCUUCUCUCCUGCAGAAUACUAUGGCUGCCUUGACACUAUGCGCGGCAACAUUUAUCAGUUCCCCAACAACAACGUUGUGAACAAGAGCAGAAUACUGUUUCUGCUCAAUUUUCUCGAGGCUUCGCUGGGACCUGUGCCUAUCACUCCUCGUUUUCUUGAGGAAUAUCUGGCUCCUGUUGUCACUUACUAUGCAGCAUCCUCGGAUGCUGAGAUAUGUGAAGCUGCACACGCAGCGCAACUCUGUAUCUACGGUGAUAAGAGCGGGGAUCAUUUUCUGCAAGUGUGGAAAAGAACCCACUACCUCAAGUUCCUGGAGCAAGCUGUUCAGCGAUACUUUUCAAAGGUUCUGUCACCCAGCCAGUUGAUACACAUUUUCGCUGUAAUCAGUCAAGAAAUACCAGCCUUACGUCUAGUUGACCCUGACGUUUCCCGCGAAAUACUACAAUACACUUAUUUGCGCAUCUUGAAUAGCCGACAAGCAUCACCCGAAGAACUAUCUACGCUGAUACAAUGCUUGGUUAAGCAGCUGCCUCAUAUUGAUGCCAAGUACAUCACUGAUUGGCUAGAAAAUUGCAUAGAACUAACCCAAAUUUGUCCGCCUCAAAAGGAAAAGAUUCUCGACUGUCUCUGGGAACAGAUCACAUCCGGGCAGUUAUCGAACGAUCGUGCUUUGGAAUGGUUCUUGAAAACACAGUCCAAAUUUUGA